AUGAGGUGCAAUUUAGUUCUGACCAGUGUAGUUACUGGGCUCAUUGGUUCAACAUGUGCUUCUAUAUUGACAAAAGUUGGUACGGUUAGAGAGCCGCCAAUAUCGAUAACUAGGCGGGAUACUUUGGCCUAUACACCAUAUACUAUAGACCAGCCAAUUGAUCAUUUCCCAAAUGAUCCGGCGUAUGCUCCACAUACAAAUGCUACUUUCAAACAAAGGUAUUGGUAUGAUGCGACAUACUAUAAACCUGGGGGGCCGGUCUAUCUCUACAUUGGAGGAGAAACCAAUGGCCAGAAUAGGUUCAGCAACCUUCAGACUGGGAUCAUUCAAAUACUGAUGGAAGCUACAAACGGUCUUGGGAUUAUUCUCGAGAACCGGUACUAUGGCAAGAGCUGGCCGUUCAACACCAGCACAACAGAUAAUUUGGCAUACUUGACCAAUCAACAAACCGUUGCGGACAAUGCAUACUUCGCUCAACAUGUAUCUUUGUCUGGGCUCAAUGCUAGUAUCACUGCACCAGACACUAAAUGGAUACUCUACGGAGGCUCUUUGGCCGGCGGUCAGACUGCCUUAUCAGUAAAAAUUUAUCCAGACAUCUUCUUUGGCGGUAUUGCUGCCAGCGCCCCUGUCAAGACUGUUGUGGGAUAUCCAGAAUGGUACAAUCCGAUUCAGAGAUUGGCUCCUCAGGACUGUAUAUCAAGUAUUAACGGCAUUAUCGAUAAAUUUGACGCCCUUAUAUCCGCCAACAACACAUAUGCGAUCAGAGAAUUUAAAUCCUUGUUCGGACUUGAGGCUUUGACAGACCAUAGAGACUUUGCCAUGACUAUUGCAUUUCCUCUUGGCGGGCCAAUGAAUUAUCCCACAAGUACAUGGCAAGAACUGAAUUGGAGUCCGUUGUAUACUUCAAACGAUUUCUGGGACUUCUGCUCGAACAUCACGAACGUCAAUGCUCCCAAAACGGUUACAGAGGUCGAUUACGCCCUCUCAAACUAUACAGGAGGUGAGCCAUGGACAAAUCUUGGAAAUUAUGCCAAUUAUAUCAAGAGUGUCCUUAUUCCACUGUGCGAUGGCGAGCCUAUCGAUAGCACCUCCUGUUUUGGCACCCAAAACGAGACGUACUACGCCGACGUUACAAAUGGAGCAGGUCGUUCGUAUCUCUACACCACAUGCCUUGAACUUGGUGCCUAUCAAGCAGCACCCGAUACCGGCCCAUCGCUUAUUUCUCGCGUUCUCCAACCAGAUUACACUCAACAAUGGUGUAACUGGGCAUUUCCACCUGGAGAUUACAACUCUAUCCCACCAGUCGUCAACCUUACCUUAUGGAACCAAUAUGGUGGAUACAACUUCUCUGCCGAUCGUCUAGCUUUCAUCGACGGAGACAAUGACGUAUGGCUUGACCUCUGUUACCACUCCCACUAUGCGCCUAGCCCCCGAGUUUCCUCAGAUCUACACCCCGAGUUUCUCAUCUCUGGCGCGGGUCAUCAUUGGGACUCUUAUGGUAUCUUGGAUGUUGCAGCCGAGCCAUUGUUCAUUCAACAGGCACAUCUUUGGGAGAUUAGAACGGUUAAGAAAUGGUUAAAAGCUGGUUGGUAA